UGGUUGUAGGAAUGUAGUAGUAACCAAAGUGGUGAAACUACCAACCCCGCUUUAACCAAGAAUUUGUACUCCUCAUUUAAAAACGGACCAAAGACUCUACGAGUGUGUUUCCCCCAUCCACUCCACCUAACAGCACACGUGGACAAGACAGUAAGACACCAAUAUGCAACUCCAAGCCGCCUGCUCACCAACUCUCUCCCACCAACCUCAUCGCCGGCGUCUCGUCGCCGAUGCUGUGGCUCUCGAUAACUUCCGACCCUUCUCGUUCACUUCUCAUCCUAUCGGCAUUUCUUUCAAAUCAUCAAACACUAGGGAGGGGAAUUUUCCAAGACUAAGUGUGGUGAUGAGAUCUCAAAGCACCACUGAUCCUGUCGAGCUUGAUGUCUCGUUGAGUCCAAGGGUUAACUCUGUUAAGCCUUCCAAAACUGUUGCGAUAACAGAUCAAGCAACUGCUCUUGUACAAGCUGGUGUGCCAGUAAUUAGGUUGGCAGCUGGAGAGCCUGACUUUGAUACUCCAUCGGAGAUAGCUGAGGCUGGCAUUAAUGCAAUUCGUGAAGGUUUUACAAGAUAUACACCAAAUGCAGGUACUAUGGAACUCCGCAAAGCUAUUUGCCACAAACUACAAGAGGAAAAUGGAAUUUCUUAUUCUCCAGACCAAAUUUUAGUGAGUAAUGGAGCCAAGCAAUCUAUUCUCCAAGUAGUGCUUGCUGUUUGUUCACCGGGAGAUGAAGUUGUAAUUCCAGCACCCUAUUGGGUGAGUUACCCCGAAAUGGCGAGGCUGGCUGAUGCAACUCCUGUGAUUGUUGACACUGGAAUAUCUCAAAACUUUUUAAUGGACCCAAAGCAUCUGGAGUCAAAACUCAAUGAGAAGUCAAGGUUGUUAAUUCUAUGCUCGCCAUCCAACCCUACAGGUUCUGUUUAUCCCAAGGAACUCCUUGAAGAGAUCGCUGCCAUAGUGGCACGAUACCCACGACUUCUGGUCUUGUCUGAUGAGAUAUACGAGCAUAUCAUUUAUGCACCAGCAAAGCAUACUAGCUUUGCUUCACUACCAGGAAUGUGGGAAAGGACGUUGACUGUCAAUGGCUUUUCCAAGGCCUUUGCAAUGACUGGUUGGAGACUUGGAUAUCUAGCUGGUCCUAAACAUUUUGUUGCUGCAUGCGGAAAAAUUCAGAGCCAGUCAACUUCAGGUGCCAGCAGCAUAUCUCAAAAAGCGGGAGUUGCUGCACUUGGAAUGGGAAAGGCUGGUGGAGAGGCAGUAGCAACAAUGGUCAAAGCAUUUAGAGAGAGACGGGAUUUCUUGAUUAAAAGUUUCAUUGAUAUGGAAGGUGUCAAGAUAUCAGAUCCGCAGGGAGCUUUCUAUCUGUUCCUUGAUUUCAGCUCUUAUUAUGGUUCAGAAGCUGAAGGAUUUGGUCCCAUAGAUGGGUCGGAAUCCCUAUGUCGUUAUUUUCUUGACAAAGCUCAGGUGGCACUUGUUCCAGGAGAUGCUUUUGGCGAUGACAACUGCAUCCGCAUUUCUUAUGCAGAAUCUCUUUCCAUUCUGGAGAAGGCCACGGAGAACAUCAAGAAAGCCAUUUCCCAGCUUAAGUUGCCUGUGUCGAUUAACUAACAUGCCCAUUUUUGAAGACCAUUUACACAAGUACUCUCUACCAUUGUACCAUUUUACAUAUUGCAAUUCCACUGUUUUCUCUUUUUUCAUUACAAAAUUAGAAUUAUGGUGUAUUUGAUUCUUGUAACUUGUGAGCAAAUUAAAAGUUAAUAAGAAGUGCAUCUUUUUAUAUGUA